GUCAGGGUUGGCCGACUACCGCUCGGGCUGUAGCGGCCGGCAUCUCGGCAGCAGCGGCGCUGGCUCUGCGGACUCCGGCCUCUGUCCCGCCGCGAGUGGCAGCCGGCUGUUCCGGCCAGGGCGGAGCGGGCAUAGCUGGGGAACUUGUGACUGACUUGUUGUAAGCCCCCCUGAGUAGGCAUUUGCAGUAGCAAGAAUGUAUGACAACAUGUCCACAAUGGUGUAUCUAAAGGAAGACAAGUUGGAGAAGCUCACUCAAGAUGAAAUUAUAUCUAAGACGAAGCAAGUGAUUCAGGGAUUAGAAGCACUGAAGAAUGAGCACAAUUCCAUCUUGCAGAGUUUGCUGGAGACACUGAAAUGUUUGAAGAAAGAUGAUGAGACCAACUUGGUGGAAGAAAAAUCAAAUAUGAUUCGCAAGUCUUUGGAAAUGCUGGAACUGGGACUCAGUGAAGCACAGGUAAUGAUGGCAUUGUCGAAUCACUUAAAUGCAGUAGAAUCAGAGAAGCAGAAACUACGUGCUCAGGUUCGCAGGCUAUGCCAAGAAAAUCAGUGGCUAAGGGAUGAGCUCGCCAAUACUCAGCAGAAAUUACAAAAGAGUGAACAGUCUGUGGCUCAGCUAGAGGAAGAAAAGAAGCAUCUAGAAUUCAUGAAUCAGUUAAAAAAAUAUGAUGAUGAUAUAUCACCUUCAGAGGAUAAAGACACAGAUUCUGCCAAAGAACCACUGGAUGAUUUAUUCCCCAAUGAUGAAGAUGACCAAGGGCAAGGAAUUCAACAGCCACACAGCAGUGCAGCAGCAGCUGCCCAACAAGGUGGCUAUGAGAUUCCAGCAAGAUUAAGGACCCUUCAUAAUCUCGUCAUUCAGUAUGCUUCCCAAGGUAGAUAUGAGGUUGCUGUACCCCUCUGCAAACAAGCACUUGAAGACUUGGAAAAGACUUCUGGUCAUGAUCACCCAGAUGUUGCCACAAUGUUGAACAUACUUGCAUUAGUAUACAGGGACCAGAAUAAAUACAAAGAUGCAGCAAACCUACUGAAUGAUGCCUUGGCUAUUCGUGAAAAGACCCUAGGCAAAGAUCAUCCAGCGGUUGCAGCAACUUUAAAUAACCUUGCAGUGCUUUAUGGGAAAAGAGGAAAAUACAAGGAAGCUGAGCCUUUAUGCAAGAGAGCUUUGGAAAUCAGAGAGAAGGUACUGGGAAAAGACCAUCCUGAUGUUGCCAAACAGUUAAAUAAUCUGGCCUUACUAUGUCAGAAUCAGGGUAAAUAUGAAGAAGUGGAAUAUUACUACCAACGGGCACUUGAGAUCUACCAAACUAAACUGGGGCCUGAUGAUCCAAAUGUAGCAAAGACAAAGAAUAAUUUGGCAUCCUGCUACCUGAAACAAGGCAAAUUUAAGCAAGCAGAAACUUUAUACAAAGAGAUCCUUACUCGUGCCCAUGAAAGGGAAUUUGGCUCUGUGGAUGAUGAAAACAAACCUAUCUGGAUGCAUGCUGAAGAGAGAGAAGAAUGCAAAGGCAAGCAAAAAGACGGCACAACCUUUGGUGAAUAUGGAGGCUGGUAUAAAGCUUGCAAGGUUGAUAGUCCAACAGUCACAACUACCUUAAAGAAUCUUGGAGCACUUUACAGACGCCAAGGCAAGUUUGAAGCUGCUGAAACAUUAGAAGAGGCAGCAAUGAGAUCCCGUAAACAGGGUCUUGACAAUGUUCACAAACAGAGAGUCGCUGAGGUGCUUAAUGACCCAGAAAGUAUAGAGAGAAGACGAAGCCGUGAGAGCCUCAAUGUUGAUGUGGUAAAGUAUGAGAGUGGCCCUGAUGGAGGAGAGGAAGUGAGUAUGAGCGUAGAAUGGAAUGGGGAUGGCACUGGAUCUCUAAAACGCAGUGGUUCCUUUAGCAAACUUCGUGCUUCAAUUAGACGCAGCAGUGAGAAGCUGGUUAGAAAGCUGAAGGGAGGAAGUUCACGAGAGAGUGAACCAAAGAAUCCUGGCAUGAAGCGUGCCAGUUCACUGAAUGUUCUUAACAUGGGUGGCAAGGCAACAGAAGAUCACUUUCAAGGACGAACUAAUUGUCUGACAGACUCAAGAGCUCUGAGUGCCAGUCAUACUGAUUUGGCCCACUGAGAUUCUGGGACAAACGCUAGCUAUAAAAAAUUUCCCUUGUGAAUUAUGAAGCACUGAGGUUCACAGUUUUUGGGUCCCUUGCCACUCCUCUUUCUAGAACCAACUAGGUUAGAGACAUCGCUGAAUGGACUGCUCUUCCUAGGUCGUCUGAAAAUCAGUGGCAUUUUAAAGAGUUAGUGACUAGUUUCUUUGUGAGACAUGCAGGGGUUGUUGCUUCACUGCUAGUUAUAUGGAAUUGUGUUACAUAUCCCUUUGUUGUGGGGCUGAUGGGGGGACCCACAACACAGUAAAUGUACUGAAAUCUAAGAUAGUGUGAAAGCAGUUUUGGACAUGCUGUUUUAAAAACUAUUACAAAAAGGGUAUGUUAGUAACUAUUUAUAAAGUUGAGGGAAUGAGAGAGAUCUGCAUUAAGUUGAUCACUGUAUAAAACCAGGAUUGUGUACUGUUGAAGGCUUACGUUGUUGGUUGUCAGAAUUUGCACAGAGCUUGUCUAACUGUUGACUGGGACUUCACCUUUUUAUAACUAGUAAAGCAAGAUUCUAAUAUACUGCAAUUGAGCGGCUUAGACACUACUUCAAAAUGUGGUGUGAGAAAGGUGAUCACUUCUUGUCGUUUUGGGCCUAACAGUCAAUGGCAGUAGUGCAGUUAGCUUUAAACUGGGAGGAAGGAACACAAGGAACAGGCUUAAAAGCCAACCAGCUUUUAAGACUUUUGCCUUUUGUCUGUCACCUAGAGCACCCAUCUUCUCUUCAGGGCCCUUAAAUAUUGUUACUGUUGUCUCUCGAGUUCUGCCUCUGUUCAGAAUGGGAAGGGGAUAAAAAUCAAGUGUACUGGGAUCUAGCUGCUAUGUCAGAGUGAAAGCAUAAUAUUGGCUGGUUGUGUCUUAAUCAUCCAUUUGCUUAAUAUAUAGUUGGGUGAUGCACUUCAAUUCUCAGGGGACCAGGCUGGAGAGAGUAAAUGUUUCAGCACUUGAGUUUAUAGCCCAUGCUUUCAUGAAACGCAUAUAAUUUUCAAGUCUGUCCAUUUUGCAAAGCUGGUAUUUGAAAACAAGGGUGAAGAGUGUGUAUGUUGUGAUUAUGGUUAUAGCAAACAUUAAUUCUGGUUGGUAGGAAUAAUAAAAUGAGAUUAAUGUUGUCAUCUUAUAAGGAGAAAAGUAAGCAUUUUAUUAAACUGAGCUAUACAGCUUUGAUGUCACUAAAACUGCUUACCUAGUUUACAAAUUCCUUUUUCAGAAAGCCAGAUGCUUAAGUUGUGUAUAGAAUGCACUUGAUCAGGAUUGUGUGCUGAGAUAUAUCUGCUGAAUGUUGGUGUGGCAACAGCUGUAUGGUAAUUCUCUGGGGUUAAGUGCUAUUAAAAUGAGUAGCACUUUUGGUUAGAAUCCUAUAGGCUGUUUGUGAAUGAGAAUUGUGCUUGCAGGUUCAUAAUGGAGAUUCUCUUGUUCUUAACUCUCUUAUGUUUAAUUUGGAAGCUCUACAUAUAAUCUGAACUUGCUUUGGAAAGUUGGUGGAAUGAACAAAACAAGCAAGAAUGGUAAUUACUAUCUAUGGUCCUCAAACACUCCAGCCCUAAGUUGCAAGUAAGCCCGAGAAUAAUGACUUGUAGCAGGCACGGAGUAUUCGUACUUUUCCUUGAUGAUGUUUCCAUCCAGCAUUCCUCCCAACAGACUCUGCCCAUCUGUUCUUUCCUGUAGCUGAGGCCCUUUGGUCCUUUUGUACAGUGGUAGAAAUUCACAUAUCCAAAAAGUCUUCUAGAGAUAUAGAGUAAAUUCAAGAAAAUAAUGCUGUUACUACCUAGGUGUGACAUUGUGGUUCUGCUUAGAAUUUCACACUAUUUCCAGUUGCUAAAAGUUUUAUCGAUGAACACUAGUAAAUAUGCAUUACUAAAACUUACUUUAGAAGCUAGGACUGUAUAAACUUUUCAGAAUGAAAUCCUAUUAGGCUAAUGAUGGGUUAGUCUGUUCUGUAUUUGCAAGUGGGUAUGGAAUGGAGAAAAAUCUUUCAUAGGACUUCCUACUUGCUAAUCAUUGUAUUCCUCCCAGUUAAUUGGUCUUUAAAAAAAACUGAGGAAGAGAUGAUGCAGUAACAUAGCUUCAGGUGAAAUACUUAGAGAAACUUGUCUGUGUUUAACAUAGUUGGGAAUUGUGUUGUCCCACAUCUUUUGAUGCCAUUUUGCUUUAAAAUGGAAGAUUCACACUGUACCUUUCAAUUUCGUAGAAGAUUACAGUUGAUAAACUUGCCAUGCACCCUAAGAAUGAAAUAAACAUGGCAUAAAUUGGAAGGUCUUUUCUGCUAAACUGCAGUUUGAAAACAUUCCUAUUGUAUGUCAAGUGUUUCAGACUUUGUCAAUGCCUGAUCCAGGGUGGCAAUACUCUUGUUGGGAUGGCCUGCAGGAGACAUCCUGUGGUGCUGUGCAGCACCUUUGCAUAAUGUAGGGCUGGUCAGCCUCGCAAAUACAUCUGCAGAUGGCCAGGAUGGGGAAGAGAUUUCUGUUCAUUACCCACGGCCAGCCUACUUAACUCAGGCUGCUAAGUGUGUGGUUUGCUACACGGCCUGUGGACGAUCCUGCCAUUGUGUGGGUAGCAGGGCAGCUUGGUAAGUUGUCAGUCUACGAUAAUGCCAUUUUAAAUACACCAUUUAUUUGCACCCUACCUGCAGCAUAGUGUUUUAGAAACAGCAGGACUUGGUUUUUGAACAUUCUGUAUAUUUUAAAUCCAUGUUACGUGUUCUGAAAGAAGGUUUCAGUUUAGCAUUUUCAUUUGUACAAGUGGCCAUUGUUGGAACAUAAAUAUGCCAUCUACCAAGCACACCAUUCUCUUACGUUGGUUGACGAAGUACCCAAAGUUCAAGCUGUGGAGCUGUAGUACAUGUGGCAGAGUAUGGAUCCUUGGCUGUGUACACAAGCUGUCCUAAAAGAGGCCAUAGUGCCUUGCCAGUCACAAAAGCAGCCUUGGGCAACAAUCUUCAUUGUUCCACAUGAACUCCAAGGGCAUGGUUGCUUUUCUCUUUCCAGCAGGCUUCUUUGGUAGCCUAUAUCUAUAUGUGAAAUCAUGUAUCCCAGAACUAUUGUUGAAUUAGCAUGACCAGUGAGAACAGUAGGAAAAAUCCAAGUAUGUACGUCCAUACAUACAAAUUAGAGUAUGAUCUAUCAGCAAAAUGGAUUCCAUCCUUCCCUCCCUCUGGAACUUUGUGCCAUCCAAAAUCUGGAGGAUUCGAAUUCUCUGCAGCAGGUUAUGAGGUCUGCAUGGAAGGCUGCUGGAGGAAGGAAGGGAAGGCAGCUCCUGUUGCUUUAGUGCAGUUCCUAUCAUGCAGUUUUGGAUUCUGUCCAUUACUUUCAAGGUUAGCGUGUGCUCCUUCCAAGCAGUUGUGUGCAGCAUAAUAGUCCAAACAGCAUAAAUUUCAAGCUAAGUUGUAGAGCUAAUGUAUCCUCUGUCCAAUAAGCAUCUUUACUACCAGAGAAUUUAAUAAAUUGCCCUUUGGAAUAAUAGUCUGCCUGCUUGGAUGCAAAAUGGCAACUCCUUGGAAAUGAAGCCCAUGAAAGCCCACUUUUUGCAAUUGAAACUUAGAUCCGUGUAGGUAGUGAUUAUCCUAAAUUACCUAUCAUGAUGGCAUAAAACCUUUUAGACAGUACUAUGAGUGCCUGGUUCACAGUAUUAUAGAUGGUCUUUCUUUCAUCAGUGUCCUUUGCCACAUGGCCCUGUACAGCUUUAAGAAGCCCAGUCAGUACCCUAAGCACUCUCCUUGUGAAAAAGGCCUUGAAAGGGAAUUGCAUGUGGGGUGGAUACUUGCCUUCUACCUUUGGGAAUGACUCUGUUGAAUUAGACACAUGAAAUGUUCGGAACUGUCUGCCGUCAUAGAAUGGUGGAACAGUUCCUUAAGCAAGAACAGGAAAGAGACAGUUGUCUUGUUCCAGGAUCUUCCUAAAACAAGACAGCUCACGUGGAUUAAUAACCUGACAAGGUUUCUCACAAGUACGCAUUUGCAACAGUGCUUCUAUGGCGGCAUGCGUUACAUCUGGGAGAAAAAGUGAGCAAAUCCAAAUGAUCUUCCAGUACAAGAUCCAGUUAUGUAGGAACGCUGAAGCCAAUUGAGCUGAAAUGUGCCAGGCUGUACUCAGUUUUUGUUAAUGUUUUGCAAAACAUUAGAACUUACCAGAGGUCAACAGUGAGAAAUUAGAUGAAUGCAAGCUAUCAAGCUGGAGAAAUUUGAGCGCUAUAUGGAGCUAAAAGUAGGAUUCCACUGACUUUGGGCUGUGAAGUUCUAUUGUACAUAUGAGCUGAAAACAGAAUGUGUAGUGCUUUACUGAAAUUGUUUACACUGUUAAGUUGAAAUGUAUAAUUUUCUUUUAGCUUGUAUUUUUUUCUUUCUGAAAGCUGCUAUUUUGUGCUGAACAUUCACUUGCUGUAAAACAGGCACCUUGGCGCAUGAUCAUGUACACACUUGAGUACAGUCUGUGAAAACAAGAGUUCUUGUUGUUGGCAUCAGAGGUGUCUAGGGAUGCAAACGGCUUGCACAGCAACCCCCCCACCAUAAAUAUUGCCCUGUAAUAAUAUGGGAUUGUAUUUAAUUCAAAUUCUACUCAGACUAAACCAGAUCAGAAAAACCCUGUGAUCCUAAACUCAUUCUUUAUCUGCUGUUUUUGCCAGUAGCACUGCAGUGCUUGUAAUGGGCAGAUACAUAUCCAUGACUUACCCAGUGCCCGGACAAAUCUGAAUUGAGUUUCCCCUGCUGCACUUGGCAUCAUGGCUGCAGCUGAUGGGAGCAUUGUGUAAUGCCCCUCAGCACAUCCAGCUAAUCCAGGCUACAGAUUUAGAAAAGUUCAUAAGCUGCUUAUCUUCAUAAAAGUGGGUAGUUCAUUCGUUUUCCUUCUGGAGGCACAAAAUAAAGAUAUCGGCAAAUCAAAUUAAAGCAUUGAGGCUACUUUACUCAGUGAAGAGUUUUCAAGGUAGCUGUGGUAUUUUUUAAAGAAGUGUUUGGUUAUGUUGCAAUUACCAUUUGGCUUUAAAAUUGGAAACAGCCUAAAUAUAGAAAUGGGAUACAUUUGUUUAAAUCCAUUAAAAAUAACACAAUUCUACAUGUUGAUUUUAAUUAGCUGCUUUUAAAAAAAACAAACCCAAAUUUUGAAUUCAGUUCCUAUGGUAAGAAUCAUUUUCAGUGAAUCAUUUUCAGUUUGUACAUAAGAGGUCAAUAACUGUUAUUGACUUAACCUCUCCCUCCAAGUACUUAUUUUUAACUAGAACAAUCUCAUGUUCAGCUUGUCACAUUAGUUUUCCAAAUAUAUUUUUAUUCCUAUGGCCCCAUUGAAAUUUAGAACAACAAAAAGCAGGUUGUGCAACUUUUAAAAACAGCUAACUUUCUCCAGAAGUGCAGAGCAUUUUCCAUUAAACAAUUCCUCACAUUUUUGUUUUCAGUUUAAACUUGUUACAGAGUUGUGGUCCAUUAUGAAACUGUUUAACAUGUAAAGCUUCCUUGGCAUUUUCAAAUUGUAAAAAUAAAAUAUUGAAACAAAAAGAAAA